AUGUCCGAAAAAUACGUGGAAUCCCAGGAAAAUAUAGAUCCGGAGAAGGAUGAGAAUUCCUUGGUGUUGAAAAAAUGCUCAAAGAUAAUGAGGGAACUUUAUUUAAUCCUUCCUUGGGAUAACGACGGAGUUGAAAUGGAUCAACAUAUACAAAAUACCUAUCAGUAUAAGCUUAGUUCGGUUCUUGUGGAGCUGGAGAAAAUGGCCAAAAAUCCGUCGAAGAGCCCUCGCCCUCAGCAGGCACUUCCCAAGGCAGUGAAUACUGAUGAGUUGGCCGAUCUUAGGGCUAGGUUCAAGAAAUUAGACGCAAUACAAAAACUGCAGGACGUGUCUCACAAGCUUUUGGGUUUGAAGGAAGCUAUUUCAGACCAAAACGCCGAAAUUUUAACCAGAAAAAAUUCCGAAGAGAUGGUGGACAAGGAGAAGAGUGACUCUGCGGAUAUUAAGAAUCGUCUAGCCCAUACCGAACAUAAAUUAAAAUCAGCCAACGAGAUUAUAGCCCAUACCGAACAUAAAUUAGAAUCAGCCAACGAGAUUAUCAGGAAACUCAAGGACGCCAAUAAAACGCUGCAGAAAAGCUAUAUGGCUAUCCAAAGAGAUCACACGUACAAAAGAGAUCCUAUCCCUGAUAAAACCCAGCUUUCAAAGAAAGCUCUAAAAACUUCAAGUGCCAUGAAAGUAGUACGAAAGGAACUGGUACCAGAGACAAUAAGAGUCUUGAAACAGCAACUAAUAUAUGCCCAAGAAGAGUUGACACAAAACAAGAAAAUCGUGUCAGAGAUCAAGCGGGAUAUCUCCAACCUGUGCUAUAGCAAUACCAAGAUGUCAAGCUCAACCAACAAAAAAAUAGCCUAUAAGACUUCUUUUAAAUCUCUGAAACACACAGGAGAAGAAACUAUGCGAGUAAUCGAUGAUACCCUGAAAGCUCUUCAGUAUCAUAAGCAACUGAAGUUCCCCGCCUGCGAAAUAAAAUGGAAAGUAGUGUGCCGCUCUUUGCAGAACAAUCUUCUGGCGGUCCAAACGCGCCCCGAGAUGCGGUGGGACAAGAUAUCCUUAACAAGCAAGGACUGUUCGAGGAGCGUCGUCUCUAACGUCUCUUCGUUUUCAAUCUUCGACGGCAAGACCUUCGGUGACCGUCGUCUAUGGGCUCUGAAGUGGUGUAAAGAAAAGAUCCGACCCUAUGGCGUUCCCAUGUACGAGUUUUCCGAAUCCUGGACCAGCGGUCGCGCCUUAUGCGCCCUCAUCCACGCCUACCGGCCUGAGCUAAUUGCCCCCAAGUAUCUACGACGGACCGGACCGGUGGAGACGCUUGAAUUUGGCGUUGAUGUUGCCAAGGGUCUGGGUGUUUGUAGCCCCAUUGAUCUAAUGGAUGAGUGCACCCGUGAGAAGCCAAACUACGAGAGGGUACUAGAGUUCGUUCAGGAACUACGGCGUUGCCUGGAAGCACUUCCUUAG